AUCAUCAGAGCUGCUGGAAUCGUGUCAGCCGUGAGGACACUUUUUUUUUAAGAGACUUUCUUGGAUGAUCCAUAGCUCGUACAAUUUUCGUUAUCUGUACUCGAAAAAAAUCCUGUGUACGCUGAAAUCGUCGAACCGAAUACCCCCCGAAUACAAAAGUUGGAGCUCGAGAGUCUAACGUUCGCGCGAAUUCCGCGAAUCAUCACUAUUUCUGUGUCGUCCGGUUGGCAAGCAACGAGACCAUGUUGUCCUACGCUCGUUCUCGUCCCUCGUUCCCUCCCCCCCCCGAAAUAAAGAAUACAUCACCCAGAGAGAAACAACGAUAUAACGAGGUUUCUAUAAAAAUUGAGGCGACGAGUCAUCGGCGGCGAUUCGCGAAAUUCGAUUCGGCGAUACGGGAAACGCUUUUCGAAACCAGUCCGCGCGUUGACGCAACCGUCUAACGGGUCCGCGAUGACGACACGAUCGCGUUCGUUCCCCGCGGUCCGUAUUUUUAAAUCCCGUCUUGAUCCCGCGCCGAACCGCGCGAAUCUUCCGCGAUCGCCGUCUAUAAAUCACUCGGUCUCUCACCGCCGCGGACGGGUCUCGAGAGAUGUUCUCGGUGAGAGUUCCCGUGUGGGUGAGAGAGUGAGAUACAUACAGAGGGAGAGAGAGAGAGAGAGAGAGAGAAGGAAAAGUGGGAGUGAAAAGAGAUGGAGGGGUCAAGGGAAAGAGAGGGGGACGAGGAGCGAGAGAAGGAUAGACAGCGUUUUGAGACCCCUCGGUGACCAGUUUAGUUCUGCUUGGCAUUCGAACCGCACGAAGAUCAUGUGACAGAAGGCACAAGGAUCCUCGCACCUCGAUCCAGGAUCUCAGACGCGAAACGGAAGGGCCGGAAUACAGCGAUCGUGCGAAGGUCGAAGAUCGAAGAUCGAAAGGCCGCUGCCGGGACGAUCCGUGCCGCCUUCGUGAAUAUUUCUGACGUUCGGAACACUGGGAUUCCCUUUCGUGCCCGUUGUCGAUCGAUCGAGAACCGAUCGCGGUUUCGCCGAGCCCAGAAGAAAGUAGGAAGUGCAUAACCGUCGGAUGGUAUACCGUAAAUGGUAGUCCAGGAUAUCGGCGAACGCGCAACGCGCUCCUUUUCCGUCUUCCGCGAGACACAUCGUUCGAGGAUGAUCGCCUCGAAAGGCGCACGGCUACGCUCUCGACGCGUCGCGUAACACGCGCGCUCCGUUUAAAUCAACAAAUGAUCGCUGCGUGAAAACCGGCCGCAUACAUUAACGAGGAAAGUGGUGUGCGGCGUUCUCUGUGCGUCGAACGCGGUGCCGCGCUACUCGUCGCUUUUAAAUGACACUCGCGAAACCGACCACUGCAGAGAAGAGGGUCGUUGACAGCGUCGGGUAACGAUAAACAUCGAGCGCGGUGUCGCUGAUCCGUGGAGAUCUUCGAAAAAGAAACGAUCGUUGAUCGAGGAAGGGCGCUCGAGUUGUUCGCCAGUACGCGCACCUGUCGCUGUUUUCACGUUCGUGCGCGACCCCGGCGAAAGAAAGGUCGUCGAAAGGGUCGCGGGGGACAGAUAUGAGGUCGAGCCGUCGGUCCACGAUCUAAGAAUAUCGCGAGCAGAUCGUUGAACCGGGGCUUCCUUUCUUUCCACGUGUCGGCGGACCGAAAGAAAUAAAUCAGAAACUUUCUCUGUAACCGUCGGCUACGGCAGUGCUUUGUAAACUAUGUCGGGAGACACCACGUCCGACGAGGAGGGAUCCCAGGAGGACUCGCCGCGAUACGACAUCGACGAUCUGGAGAUUAUCAAAACCAUAGGCACCGGUACCUUCGGGAGAGUGGUCCUCUGCAGGCACCAAGGGACUCCAAUGGCCCUGAAGAUCCUCUCGAUGGUGGACGUGAUCAGAUUGAAGCAAGUGGAACACGUACGGAACGAGAUCACCGUCCUGAAGGAAGUUAAACAUCCCUUUCUCGUGAACAUGCUCUGGAGCGGCAGGGACGAGGCAAGAGUGUACAUGCUGUUGGAGUUCGUGGCCGGUGGCGAGCUUUUUUCUUACCUGAGGGCAGCUGGCAGAUUUUCCGGGCCCACCAGCUGCUUUUACGCGGCUGAGAUCGUUUGUGCCUUGGAAUACCUUCACAGCAAGCACAUAGUUUACAGGGACCUGAAACCCGAGAAUCUCCUGCUGGACAGCCAGGGCCAUCUGAAAAUCACGGACUUUGGCUUUUCCAAGAAACUCACGGACAGAACGUGGACUUUGUGCGGUACGCCCGAGUAUUUGGCGCCGGAAAUAAUUCAGAGCAAAGGGCACAACAAGGCGGUGGAUUGGUGGGCGCUCGGUGUUCUGAUCUACGAAAUGCUGGCGGGAUUCCCGCCGUUCUUCGACGACAACCCUUUCGGCAUCUACGAGAAGAUAUUGAGCGGCAGGAUAGAGUGGCCGAAACACAUGGACCCGAUCGCCAAGGAUCUGAUCAAGAAACUUCUGGUCGCCGAUAGAACGAAAAGGCUGGGGAACAUGAGACAGGGAGCCGACGACGUAAAGAGGCAUCGUUGGUUCAAGCUGGUCGAGUGGUCAUUGGUACCUCAGAGAGCCUUGACCCCUCCGAUAAGACCAAGAGUGAAGGCACCAGGGGAUCCUAGCUGUUUCGACGAUUAUCCGGAAACCGACUGGCGUUCGCAGCCACCUCUGCCACCGGAACAGCUGGCUCUGUUUCAAGAUUUUUGAAAGCGACAUUGUAAUUUCUCGGACGGCGAAGCAACAAGGCCGGGCAAAUGAUUUUUACAAAAGAUCUCGAACCGACGUUAAGAUACACCGAUUCGUUCAAAUUGCGUUAACGUGAUCCACAAAAAAACUACGAUUAAACGCGAGCCUUCUGUUUCAUGUUGUACAUAGUCUCGUUCUUUUAUAUCUCGUGCUGCAUUAUUUAUUUGUACGUACUAUGUAGGGUAUAUGUAUCUGUCAUCGUUGUUCUUUCUUUUUUCUCGUUUAAAUCGUUGCUUCGACGAGACAUUGUAAAUAAAGAAAAAUUGUGCAAAUCGUUGGGCAGAACAGGGUUCCGGUCGAAGCGAUACUGGGAUAUGCGAUAGAAUUGUUCGGAGACACUUAAUAUUGCGUACUCGUAUCGAUGUAUGUUCCUUUUAAUAGAUAAGCGGCAGAGAGUGUCGACAGAAAUAUAAUAUAAUUUUUUAAGAUGACACAUGUAAAGUAAUCGUAACAACGUGUAUGUGAUACAGAUCGAACAAUAAUAAUUGAAUUGUGCACUUU